AUGGCGGUCAGUCCCUUCCCCCCUCGUCUUGCGCCUCACGCUUCUCGUUUGUUCUCCCACAGCGCUCCAGGCAGCCCCUCCCCACGGGGCUCUCCUUUGCACCAGAGCACUUUCUCUGGUCUCCGAGAGUGUCCCUCCCAUGUCCUACGUCCGUGUGACACAACCAGCCUCCUUGCAGAUGAGAACGGAUUCGGCAUUGAUUUGAGUGAUCUGCAAAAGCCAAACUUCUCGAAAAGCCUGUCUACACUCGCUGUCCUCUUCCUCACCUCCAAUUCCCUCUUCAGCCCACUGCCUCCUGACUUGUUCUGCUCCGUCGAACGGGCCUCGCUCAGGCCCGCCAGCUGUGGCCUGGCCGGGUCGGCCGAAGAACCAGACCGUAGAGGCAGGAGAGGCCCCCGGAGGAGCUCCGCCCUGGACCAGCCUUCCUUCCCGGCGGCUGCCUGGCACCCCACGCCCCACGCUGUGCCCCUGCACUCCUUCCUGGAUCGGGUUGAAGCCGCCAUCUGGAAUCCUCCACGAAGAGACCUGGACGUGCGGCCCAGCACCCCCCGGCUGGCCAAUCCCUCCACAGCCACGGGGACACCCUGCACACGUCCCCCCGGGACGGGCCGGACCCAAAGACUCUGGACCAGGGUGGCCCUCUGCGCGGAGGGGCGCGCCCUCCCGGCUUCUCCUUGCCUAGCCACCUGCCCUCUGACUGAUGGACAUCACUGAUCUGAGGCUCAGACACGUGGGCCGGACCCCCACCCACCCCUCGCGAGCCCCGAGACUCGGGGGGGCCGGCGAGCCUUCGCCGUCCGCGGCCGUGACGCGGCCCGGACACCUACCUCACAGGGUUGUUGUGAGGAUCGUGUAUGCGUUUUGACGGCACCUGACCUGGGGCUGGGCUCACCUUGCUGUGCUCUCAAUAAAUGUGUUUCUUGCCUUAACAAAAA